AUGCCUUUGGGCCAUAUCAUGAGGUUAGAUCUAGAGAAAAUUGCCCUGGACUACAUUGUACCUUGUUUGCACGAUAUCGGCUUUUGCUACCUGGACAACUUUUUGGGCGAGUUAGUGGGGGACUGUGUCCUGGAGCGCGUGAAGCAGAUGCACUAUAACGGGGAGCUGCAGGAUGGCCAGCUGGCCGGCCAACGCAAUGGCAUCUCCAAAAGGCAUUUGAGGGGAGACCAGAUAAAGUGGAUCGCGGGCACUGAGGAGGGGUGCGAGGCCAUCAACUUCCUUUUGUCACUGAUAGACAGGCUGGUGAUGUACUGUGGAAGUAGACUGGGCAAAUACUAUGUCAAAGAAAGGUCCAAGGCAAUGGUAGCCUGCUACCCUGGGAAUGGAACUGGCUAUGUGCGGCAUGUGGACAAUCCCAACGGUGAUGGGCGCUGUAUCACCUGCAUUUACUACCUGAACAAGAACUGGGACUCAAAGCUGCAUGGUGGGAUUCUACGAAUAUUCCCCGAGGGCAAGUCCUACGUAGCAGACGUUGAACCCAUAUUUGACAGAUUACUUUUUUUCUGGUCAGACCGAAGAAAUCCACAUGAAGUGCAGCCUUCCUAUGCAACAAGAUAUGCCAUGACUGUGUGGUAUUUUGAUGCUGAAGAAAGAGCAGAAGCCAAAAAGAAAUUCAGGAAUUUAGUUGAUACAGGGAAGACAGAAGCGGUUCUCAAUGAAGACUGAGCGGCGGUUUACUCACCGCAAUUGUUCUGUAGUGAUGCUUUGGGGACUGUUUGCAAGCAAUAAGAUCCAAAGACAACACGGUUCGUUUCUGGUGAUUAUUGGACACUCUUCUUACUUGCAGAAAUGCACUAUUUUGGGGGCACUGUCUAGUAUUUGCAUAUUACAGCGAUGGUACUCCUGGCAGCUUCGUAUCCACCCCUCUUUGGCAUAAAGCACCCCCUAUUUUCUACUUGCCUUUCACUGAAGAAUGCCACCAGGGUUUUAGGAAGCGAAGAUGAUCACCAAGCCUCCCGCUAAUGUCAAGACCAAGUUGGCAAUAUACCGGUAAUAAAGAUACGGAGAAUUCGCAAAACAAAAACAAAAAAGUAGUUGGGGAAACCCAAGUCUUAUUUGCACUUUAUUUACACGUUCUAGUUCAAUGGGAAGGAGCUUUACAAAGAAUCCUCUAUGGUAAGACUGCAGAUGGGCAACGCAAGCAAUUAGCGCUGCAAAAUGGAGCUACGCGCUUGUGAAGAGCCACGUCCCUUAUGCUCCACGUGGGGCCUGUCGAUGGGCUGCCCUCGUCACUUCGCUGCACAGACUAUUGGCUUCGUGGGCCUCUGUCGUUAAUUUCUAAGCCUCCUACUUGCCAUAAAAUUGCCUGGAUUUUAUCCAUAUUUCUAAAGCCAAGCAGCAGCAGUGGUUCCGUCGCUUUGCCUUUUAGAGCCCCGGAACAGAGGUGGAGGCAGUUGUGCAGCUGUCCGCUGUUUUGUGUGAAAAGCAUUUUCUUCUUGGCAUGUGAUAAAUCCUCCAUGUAUGGUUUUCAUCGAUUUUUUUUUUUACAAAGCAGCCAGCCCCAUCAACUCCUGCCCACAUUUGUAAACUUUUAGGAGAAGUUGAUGACAAACUCAGUGCACAUAUGCCAAGAAUUCAUCUAGUCCAGCUUUAUUUUUAUUUUUUUAUUCUUUUUAACUGAUCUUCCACCAGCCACAUUUUGUAUGUGAGAAAUGGAACUCUGAUAACCAACUGUUUUGUGUGUGUGUUAGACUGGCAAAAUGGAUGAUGGAUAACUGCGGCCAACUGAGAGACAUGGGAUGCCAUCUUGAAUCACUUCGUAGCUGUGAUUAACACUGCAUUCCUGCAUGGGAGUAACUUACGUGGGAGUAAGCCCCAUUAAACCCAAUGGCAAUUACUUCUAAGGAGGCGUGCAUACGAUUGCACUGUCAAUUUCUGAUCUGGCAUUAAUAGGGCUAGGAUUGUACAACUGAAUCUCAAGCUUAAUCAUGUUGUUUGUGAUCCUUGAGAAAGUGUGUUUAGUAUUGCAGACUUACAGUUCAACUCUAAGAUUGGUUGUGCCAGGAAAAAAAAAUGACCAAGGGGAUAUACCAGUUUUGUACCUAUGCAAUAUGAUAAAGCAUUACUUUGCUGGCAGACACAUUAUGAUAACAUUUUGGACUAAGAUGCCCGGUUGCUAGACUGCCAAGUCAGAACUCUGCUGCAAGUGAGACGUUUGUGUAAUUUUAUCUCGAUGUAUUUGUAAUUUGAAUGAAAAAAAAUAUUUUGUCCCAGAUGUUACAUUACUUCAGGAAAAUAUAUCUCUCCUUCCUGCAUUUGAGCCAUGAGUUGUACAGAUUAGUAAUGAUCAA